AGGGCCAGCAGCGUUCGCUUCGGCCACCACAUCCACAGCCGCAGCCAGCCAUGAGAUCCAUCGUGUUGCUCCUGGCCACCGCUGUCGCAGUGCACGCUGGAGCACUGGAUAAAGCAGAUCAUGAGGGUGUGAGCAUUUCAAAGCGACACGCCCUCUACGGCUUGGGGCUGGCUGAUUCUGCCGCCCAGGCACAGGCCCAGGCACAGGCCGCUGGACUUGGGGGUGGAUACUACGGUGGAGGUGGAGCUGCACUGAGUCAGGCACAGGCACAGGCGCAGGCUGCUGGGCUGGGUGGCGGGUACCACGGCAUCUGGAAGAGACACGCCCUCUACGGCUUGGGGCUGGCUGAUUCUGCUGCCCAGGCACAGGCACAGGCACAGGCCGCUGGGCUCGGGGGAGGAUAUUACGGUGGGGGUGGAGCUGCACUCAGCCAGGCACAGGCACAGGCGCAGGCUGCUGGGUUGGGUGGUGGCUACCACGGCAUCUGGAAGAGACACUCCCCCUACGGUUUGGAGCUGGUUGAAUCUGCUGCCCAGGCACAGGCACAGGCUCAGGCUGCCGGGCUCGGGGGUGGAUACUAUGGUGGGGGUGGGGCUGCUCUGAGCCAAGCACAGGCACAGGCGCAGGCUGCUGGGUUGGGUGGUGGCUACCACGGCAUCUGGAAGAGACACUCCCCCUACGGUUUGGGGCUGGCUGAAUCUGCUGCCCAGGCACAGGCACAGGCUCAGGCUGCUGGGCUCGGGGGUGGAUACUACGGUGGGGGUGGAGCUGCACUCAGCCAAGCACAAGCACAAGCGCAGGCCGCUGGGCUGGGUGGUGGCUACCACGGCAUCUGGAAGCGACACGCCCCCUAAGGUUUUGGGCUAGCCGACUCCAUCACCUAGGCACAGGUCCAGGCACUGGCUGCCAUGCUGGGUGGUGGAUACUGCAGUGUGGGUGGCGCCACCUCCAGUCUGGCUCAGGCACAGAGACAGGCUGCCAUCAUGAGACCAUGAGACUCGACUGGUGGUGGCUGGUGUCCUGUUCCUUCACUGGCUCCUAACUGUGGGAGGCAAAAUACUUGAAAUAAAAGAGAAUGCACUGCUA